UUCAGCAUGAAACAAGCGGCAAUCAGAAAGUUCAGUACCAUUCGGUCGCCGCCUCUGGCACCGAGUGAAAGCAGCGCGGCAAAGAAAUCAGUACCCGGUCCGACUUCUCCCCUACAUGUUUUCAAUCUGCUUCUGUUCUCCACCUUUCGUAAGCCAAUCUUUGUGGACACUANNAAUAUAUUUGUGUGUUCGCUUUUCUUCGAUUUCGUCCGUGUACCGCCGUCGUAUUUUUCGAACAAAUACAAUCUGCUCAACCAGGCAUUUGUGAAAUGGGGUUGGGGCUGGACAUGUAUAUUGUUGUCCACCUUUAUCAUUUUCUCCUCGUUCGUGUACACCGGUUCUAAUGUGAGGUUGAUGCGCGCUCAUAUUUUGCGUAUGGUGAUUGGAACAGGAUGUUGGUACUCAAUCACUGGCUUUUUGAAUUUCGUUCUUGACAUGACCGGACAUUGUCAACCUACCAAUCUGGCCGUAAGCAAUGCAGGCGGUGUCUGGGUUGGUUUUGAUAUUUCCGGACACUGUUUCCUGUUGGUACUAGCUAAUUUGUGGAUUAUGGAAGAUACCAUACUGCGGCGCGGUGUUACCGCGGAACAAUGGAAAGUGAUGCGCUCCGCGUUCCGUCGGUUGACCGGAUCGGUUCGUGCUGUGUUUACGCUCACCGCCUUCUUGUCUAUGAUUUGGGAUUUCAUGUUCCUGACCACAAUCAUUUAUUUCCAUACGAUGCCGUCCAAACUGGUUGGCACGGUGUUGGCGGUUGCAUGUUGGUUUUUGUGUUAUCGAGUGAUCUUUCCGUGCGCAAAAACUGGAGACUGGUUCGGCAUCGCACCGGGAAUGCCCGGGGAUAGUCCGCUUGAUUUUGUUGUACGUCCGAAGUAG